AUGCAAUCUAUUAACAAUCAUACCCUUUCAAUACCUAGACAGUAAGCUUAAAUUUAACAAUAACAAGAAAUAACCAAUAACUACAAUAAAUUAAUGAUAUAAUAUUCUGAAUUGGAGUAAGAAAUGUAUUCUCAAAGAACUGAUACUUAAACCAAAUAUCAAUCAAUUGUUACCAAAAUUGACAACAUUUAUAAUGAAUUAACCACUAAUAUAAAUUAACUUUAAUAAUCAUCACGUCAAGAUUACUAAUAAUUGUUAGAAGAACUAAAAUCCUAAAGGGAACAAAACAUAUAAAUAUUGUAAGCAAUUGCAUUAAGACAGCAAGGAAAUAAAUAGUAAUAAUUUUAUGGGCAUAAAUAAAAUUUCUCUGAAAAUUAGUAUGAUUACAUAGACUAAUAAGAAUAGCAACUUCUAGAAGAGCUUCAAACUCUAGAUAGCUACAAACAAUAAAAGUAUGAUAUUCAUGAUCCAAUUCCAGUCAGUUCAAGAAUUUAAAUGAAUUAUUUAUCACCUACAAGUCAUCAAAGAAUUAGCUCUAAUUACAACAGCAUUUAACAACAAAAAUAACAUACACCAUUAUAAUCUACUCAAUACUCAUAAAAUGCGCCAUAAAUACAGUAUCUCAAUUAACUAAGACAAAAUUAUGGUACCUUAGAAUUUCCUUAAAAUAAAGACACAGAAUAAUAGCAAACAAAUUAUUUAUCAGCUCCUUAAUACUCAAAGAGAUAAUCAGCCAGAGGCUAAGGCAUCCAUUCAUAUGGAGAGUUUUAAAAUAAAAGUCCAAUUCUGGUUACAAAUGAAGAAUAAGUUGAAAAUUAAAGAAAUUCAUAUUAUCCUGUCAAUGUGAGUUCCUAACCAGAUUAUUAAAUAUCAAUGAAUUAGUAAGAUCAAACAUAACAAUAUCCUGAUAAUUUCUAAGAAUCUCUUCCAUAGCACAAGCACAAACCCAUUUUUGAAUAAUAAAUCACUAAUAAGUCUAGAAUAACAGAGCCUAAUUAAGGUCAGUAUAUUAAAGAAAUGUGGCUUGAAAAACAACCAAUUAAUAAAAUUGAUUAAGGAUAUUAGAUCUUAUUAACAUAACAAACGCCAAAUCGGAGAUAAAAUUCUUAAUAAAGUCUUCCUUAGAAUUAUUAUUAAUAAUAACCAAGUGUGAUUCAUUAAAAAGAAAGAAUUUUUGAUCUAUCUCAUCUAAAUUUGAGUAGGGACAAAACUUCAUAAAAGGUUUAAUAACCACAAUAUCAAUAAUAAUAAUUAUAAUAAUAAUAAUAAUAAUAAUAAUAAUAAUAAUAAUAAUAAUAAUAAUAAUAAUAAUAAUAAUAAUAAUAAUAAUAAUAAUAAUAAUAAUAACAAUAACAAUAACAAUAAUAACAAUAAUAUCAGUAGUAGCAAUAAUAUCAGUAAUAGUAAUAAUAAUAAAUCUUAAAUAUAUCAUAAUUUGAAUAUCAAAACACAAAUUAAAAUGAAAAAAUUAUUCCUGUUGAAGUUUAAAAUUAAAAUUUACUAAAUGAAUCAUAAUAAAGUUAUAUAAUGGAUUUGAACGGUAAUUUAGGAUAUGAUUAAUUUUAUUAAUAUCUGUGUCAAAAAUACCCUAUAUAAAAUUAAUAAAAGUUGAUUCAUAAUAAACCUAAUCACGGAGAUUAAAGAAUUUUAAGAUAAGAUUAAGAAGCAUUAGAUUUAAUGCAGUAUAUAUAUUGUACAAUGUGUGAUCAAUUCAUAUCAAUAAAAAAUGCUAAUACUCAUACAAAUUUCUGCAUAAAUAAUAAGAAAAAUAAAUAACAUUAGGAUGAUAAAUAUUUAGACUUAUUUAUUUGUUGCACAGAUCCAAAGAAUUAAUAUAUCGAAACUAGAGAGUAAAAAUAGAUAAGAUUAAUAAAUGAAUUGACUAAGAUUAAAUACUUAAUUGAAGUAGCCAUAAAACAAAAAGAAUACACAUAUGAACAAUAAAAACAAAAAGAAUAUUGCUUGUUUGCUCUUGAAAUCCUUAAUUUAAUAAUAUUAAAUCCUAGAAAUCUGUCAAUAUAGCAAUAGAUUUAAGAUUUAAUAAGUAUUUAUUAAGUUUUGGAUUAACAACAAUAUAACUUCUAUAAAUAAAUCGUAUUUUUGUUACAAAAAGCCAAUGUAAGAGCUUCCUAAUUAAUUUAAUGA